AGAGUAUUUUUCAGGGUAGUGUAAAAAAGGCCAGUAAAAUGCACUGUCAGUUAUUCAUAAUUGUGUUCGUAAUUUCUGGCAUUUGUUUCGCCAAAGCUGCAGGAAAAGGAUCUUUAAAAUCCCACGAUUCUGGUGCAAAUUUCAGGAUUCGACUAAUUUUUAAUGAAACUGAAAUUUUAUCGGGCGGAACUCAAACGGAUUUAACAGAUUCUGAAGAAAUUGGAAUGUUAAAACCCCCAUAAACCCGUCGCAAAAGCAAAGAAGAUAACCCUUGUCGUCGGUUCCGAAGAAAACGUCACACCCAGAGAAAUCUUUGAAGCUUUGUCAGUUAUUUUGACCGAUUUAGAUCUUCAUGCUUUAUCAUCUGGAAAUAAUAUAAGAACGAUGACCGUUUCCUUGCGCAAGACGCAUGCAAUGCCCAACCCGUAUGUUUUGAGCAUCAAUGAAGUCACUAAUUCUGAUCCGAAAGAUGCAAAUGCUGUAAACAAACACCAAAAACGGUCAAUAAAGGAACACUUCAAGAUGCCAACUGAGGAAGAAUAUAAAACUUGGGAUUUUUUCACCGACUUCACCGUUCGACCUUCACUGAAUAGUCAACAAAAAGUUGAGAAAGCCAUAAAGUGCAUCUUAGAGUCAAACUGCGACUGCCCCGACUUUUCUGACGACUUCAAAAAAUUACUAAAAGUUCACGGCGUGUACGCAGUCCUGAAGGGAGGAUGUUCACCCUACGUAUCCUGUACCGAAGAAGAGUUCAGAGCUGCUAUCACCUUCCAUGCCAUCCUGCGCACCGACUACCCUGAUCUCUACCAAGACACCGUCAACUUGAUUCACGAACUGGACGAUGCUAAAGUUCUGGAUGUGACUCUACCUUCACAAGAAGCAGCUCGGAUUACGUUCUAAAUUAAUAUAUGAAUUGUUCAAAUUCUAGGAAUUUUUCGGAUAAGCAAUGUCAUUGUCGUAGUUGAAAUGCCAUUGAAUAUUUAUUCUAGGAAUAUUCAAAUCCUUAAUAUUUUUUGGCAACCAGUGUCAUUGUCAACCCGAAAGCUUAAAUUAUGCUGUCGUCUAGAUAUGAAACAGCGUUGUAAAACGUCUUUGUCUAUAAUUGCAAUUUCGGCUGCCUCUUGUUGAUUAAAAAUUGUGUUUCUUGUUCUUUUUGGAUCUUCACAUUGUGAUUGUUUGAUAUUCUUCAAGAGGUUUAGAACUGAUUGACUUUACCUAAAAUCAAAUAAACUAAGAACUCGCAGGACUUCAAUGUCUAUGGAGGAUCGAAAACAAACAUUCUUUAUAUAUCCUCCGAACGAAUUUUCUCCGUUUCCGAAAAGCUUUUUAUAUGAAAUCUGUUAAUGAUCAAAAUGAUUGGAGAUUAAAUGUAGAUAUUGCGAAUUACGUUUAGAUUUAUCCGUUGAGGACUCUGCAGACUAUGAUUCCGUAUUUUUUUACAAUAAAAUAUUUGCAUGUGGA